AUGCUCAUCAAUUUACCCUUUUUACUUGUCCGAAGACGCAGGAUAUGGGGAGGGGAGGCUAAAUACCAGUUUAUUAAUAACGACAACACUAAGCGACCAAUAUUAUCAGCAUUCUUUCAUGGAUUGGAGGUUCCUUGCGGGAUAGGCUUUUGUAUUUAUGAUCCUGCUUGGAUUAAGAGAACUGGCAAAGCUUCAAGGAAUAUCGAGAAGUUCUCGAUGACUCGAGGUUCAAGAGUGCAGUAUCGUUUCCUAGAUGGGAUAAUCAAGCAAAAGUCCGGACAUACUUCAAACACUUGUACGAUAUUUGGAGAAACAAGGUUCCUCAAGCUCUGCAUCAAAGCUGAGAGGCCAUUUUAAUGAUCAAGCAAUCGAGAUGCUAUAUACUUGGUCCUGUGGUCGUCUCCGUCCAAUGAUCACUAUAAUAGAAAACCUCAUUGGACGUGCCGACGCAGGCCUUUGGAAGCAAGAAAUCAAGGGCCUGGUGUGGUCGCUCACUGAUCCAGGAUAUAAAGAAUCUGGUAACCUAUGCCAUGAGUAAUCUAGGAUUCUGAAGCGUAUUAACAAAGGGGAUG